CCCUAUCCCUGUUUGUUUCGCAUUGCAAAAGGCAGUGUGCGUCUCCUAAAACCCUCACAAAGAUGUGACGGGACUGAAAAUCCGGACGGAUGGGCGAAGACUGAAUAAAAGUGUUUCUUUUUUCAAACAAUCCUCACAAAUUCUACGGAGUCCUGCGCUUCAGUAUUUCCUACCGCGCACAAAUUCUGUCACUUAUGAAGACGCGGCUUCUCUGAAGACACGUUGGCCAGCGCCACAGAAGAAACGGAUUGCUAGUUAAGGAUAUCUCGGUUUUAUACUCAUUUUUCUCUGCGCAUUCAUGUUCAAUAUUCCAGACGUAUUGGGGUCACACAUUGUGCCUCUAUUAACACUCUAUUGUUUUAACAGAUGAUAUUGUGAAGAGAUGUUAUAUAAUGCGAAAGGGCGAAUUACAGAAGAGCGGACAUUGAAAUUAGAAAAACAUGCGAUGCAUCAGUGUCGCCGUUCGGAGAGGCACAACGACAAGAAGUAAUUUUUAAACUGGCCUAUUAUAAGACCGGGUUGCAUAUAGCGGUUGCAUACAUAACGGAUGCGUAACCAGCUGAAAUAAGGUGUCAAUCAAGAGCAUUGUGCUUUUGAUAGAUCUACAGACGGUAGCUUCCAAGUCUGACCUACCGUCGGCUGCUAGCAAAGACAUUUAAAAUGUUAAUUCAUUUUAGUGACGUACGUUUACAUUUUUAUGAUUGCUGUUUAUAAAAUAUCAUAUUCCAGCCUUAUAAAUUGUGCUGAGCUGUCGCGAUUCUGUGUUUUCCGGGCUGUGUAGGGAUCAUUUAUAACCUGCGAAACUGUCGCGCCCCAUACGAAAUGGACCGAUGUCUUAAUUUGGAAAACAAAAAGAAUUGCAUGAGGCUUACAGCAAUUUAGAAUCCAUCCGAGUUUUUCCAGUUGCGUUACCUCGACGGUUAGCGACAAAAAUAAAGAGCAGGUUUGUUCUAUAUAACCCGUCCAUUUAGUGAAUUAAAAAACGGCGUGUAUCGUUUUGCAACAAUGGAGAGGCAUCACGGAGAUGACAGUAUUAACGUGAGGGUGGUGGAUCCUAUGCCUGGCUAUGCGGAACUUUUCUCCAGGGGGUAUACCGUCAUGGUUAGUGCCUUGAAGGACUGUAGGACCUGCGGCGUGGAACUCUCCAAAAGGACUCUGCUGGAUAAUACCUACAUCACCUGGGCCGAGGUCGGCCUGUUCUUCGUGUGCACGGUGAUGUGGACUCUGAUGCGCCGGAGACUGACGGAAUGCCUCUUUCGGCCAGCCGCUCGGUGGUUUCGUCUCCAGCCUAAAGAUGCAGCCAAGAUGCCAGAGAGUGCGUGGAAGCUGACCUUCUACAGCAUGUCCUGGUCCUACAGCGUCUACCUGCUCUUCUUCACACACUACUCCUUUUUCCAGGACCCCCCUUCAGUGUUUUACGACUGGAAGAGUGGCAUGGCGGUGCCCACUGACAUUGCCAUCGCCUACCUGAUCCAGGGCAGCUUCUACGGGCACUCCAUAUACGCCUCCAUCUACAUGGACGUGUGGAGGCGGGACUCCGUUGUCAUGGUGAUGCACCACAUCAUUACCCUGGCCCUGAUCACCUUCUCCUACGCUUUCAGGUACCACAACAUAGGAGUCUUGGUCCUGUUUCUCCAUGACGUCAAUGACAUCCAACUGGAGUUCACCAAGCUCAACGUCUACUUCAAGACCAGGGGCGGGGGCUACCACCCAAUGAACAACAUCAUCUCCAACAUCGGCUGCAUCAGCUUCAGUGUCACAUGGUUUUGGUUCCGCCUGUACUGGUUUCCUCUGAAAGUGCUAUACGCCACCUGCGUGACCAGCCUCAAGUCCGAACCCAACAUCCCCUUCUACUUUUUCUUCAACUGCCUCCUCUUCGCUCUUCUCCUGAUGAACAUUUACUGGUUCCUGUAUAUCGUGCUCUUCGUGGUGAAGGUGCUGACGGGGCAGAUGAGGGAAGUGAACGAUGUGCGGGAGUACGAGGAGGAGGAGGAGCAGAAGAAGGCGGGGCCUCUUGCCGAACAAGGCGGCGAAUGGGACCAUCAGAACUCUGUGAAAGGAGGGAAGCAUGUGCAGAAUGGAAUUAUGAAGGACAAACAUCUAUAAUGGCCUCAUUAGCACUGGCUAGUGGCACUUAGCUGGAACUGCAAGCAACCUAUCAGAAUUCAGGCCCAUCAUAGUGGGUGGGGUUAUUAGCUGGUCUUGCAACAAAAGAAAACAGAAAAAAGGUUAGGCUAUAAUCCUUUUUAGUUGUUAUAUGGUUUAUUUUUUAAUUAUAGCACUGUGAAUGUUAAUUUCAGAUUACUUCUGUCUUACAGUAACUUUGCGUGUAUACAAACGAGCAUGUGUUGUUGAUGGGUGACUGUUCUCUAGUAACAGAGCAUAGUUAGAGGUUGAGUCAUCUCUAACUACACUUACUGACACACUGAAGCAGACUUUUUUUCCAUUUCUAAGUCUAAACCUCAGUAGGCACGCAGUUGUUAGAAGACUGUAACAUUCGCAACAACACAAUGUCACAGUGACAUUGACAUGUGGUUUAUCUUCUGAGCUUUUCAAAAUAGUUUGAUUUCACAUGAUUCCAGGAGUGAAGGCAAAAAAGGGAAGUAUUGGUGGUUUUGUACCCUAAACUGGCUACACGAUAGCGGUACAAACAAACUGACAUUCUUCCCAAGCCAGACCUGUGUCAUUAGAGACGAUAUGAUGCUGUGACAUUUUCAGUGUGUGUCAGUGUGUGAAUUAAUUAUAUCUGAAAAUAAGGGAAAGAAUUGUACCUUUUCAUUUGAUCCCUCUUGGGCAGGUUAAGCCCUGGUAAUAUUACGUGUGCUCUUGUACAGCGAAAAAAAAGAAGAAAAAUCACAUUUCCUCACUACAUGCUUUCAUAGCGUUUGUUGUAGCAUUGAAAAUGAAGGCAUACAAGAGCUAAUCACAGCAGCCAGUGCACCUGAAGCUGACUGUAGUAGACUUCUAGCAUUUUUUUAUAACUGUAUCAUACUUUUUUACAUAGGAGUCUCGGAAAUGACUAGUUUUAAGUGAACCAUGUCACGGAAGUGUGGGAGGCAGUUUUAAGUCAUUUUAAUGAUUGAUGCCCUUAUAAGGCCAAUUUUUAAAAAUGUGAGAAACCUGUGUUUGUACAAGUUGUGACCAAAUCAGACUACUUAAUUCCGCAUAUUCUGAAAGGGGAGAACAUUAUUUGGCACGGAGACCGUGAAACUGGAAAAAAAAACAGAAGCCGUGCAUAUAGAAGUCAUUCUCCAAACGAACUCAUUCAAACAGGCCAGGGUCAUAUUCUCAAUGAUGUCCGACGCAUUUUUCUCGUGUGCUUCAGCGUGUGUGGGCGGCCUGAUAGACCAGGCACGCAGAACUCAAAUCAUUAUUGGAGCUGUGCCAUCGUUUUGUUUUAGGCUGCAUGUUUGUGCCAUGACACAGGUCAUCGCAGAUGUCAGCAAAGUGUUCCUGCCACUUCACUGCCCAUGUCUCCCAGUUUGAAUGCUCAUGUGUUUUGUGAAGCUCUGCUUUUAAUUUAGCGAUGAUUUGAGCUGCUGCUAUUUGUGUGAAAACCACCAAGGGAUCUGGUGGUGUGUGGUGAAACUCCACUAGUGGAAGCAGAGAGCACGCCCCUUAUUUGGUAACUGCCCAGAGCCUGUUUUUUGAUCAUUUCACAUGAUUAACAAGCAUGGUAAGUUAAAUAAGAAUCAUUCAGUAGAAGCUGGUUUGUUUUAACUAGAUUGCAUCUAAUG